AAAAACAAAACAAUACGAUCAAUUUUAAGUUUUGCAGUUGGCUAUUCUUAAAUUUAAUCGGUCCAUCAAGCUAAGAAAAUUGAAAUGAUGAAACCGGCCCAUAACAAUUUUUUGGAAGGACGGGGAAAGACAUACAUAUGUUGUAUUUUAUACGCGCAUAUUUAUAAAUUGAGAAGGUGAGAUAGGAUGAGUGUGAUUGGGACGCGAUUGAGCAUGAUGCCGGUUGCACGAUUGAGAUGAUCGGUGGAUCGCGAGUGGCUUCUCUUUAUUCUUUGAUGUUGACGCGCAUCUCGCCGUGCUGGAUCCGAUCGCGUGCGCCUCCACGUGUUCCGCGAUAAAGAGACGACCGUGUGCCACAGCGAGGGAUCAUCGAGCAUACGAUAAUGUCUCGUUAACUCUCGAGGAAGCUGCUCUUUCAUCGGAGAAAUCAAGUAAUCGAUGAGUGACGCAGCGUAACCUCCAAACACGUGACAUCUCUCGCAAUUGGUCAGGUUGACGACGCUAAGUUUUAUUGCAAUAUAUACAUAUAUUUAUUUAUAAUCAUGCUUGCUCGUCGAGCACGUAUUAAAGCUUUGGCCGCUGUGCCAAUUCGGAAAAAGCUUACGCAGGAUUCAGUAGAUGCUAAUAAUGUUAAAGAUGAGAUUGACAAUGAAAAGAAGAAAGAAAAUGUAUCUAAUAUUAAUGAUAUGGAACAAGAAGCUACCAAGAAUAUUUCAAAAAUAAAAGAACAGAAAGAGAAAGUUGUUGUUAUAACUGAAGUGUCAAAACAAAAAGAGGAUAUAGCCAGCAUUAAUAUAUCAAAAGAAGAAAAACAGAGAGAGAAAGAUAUAUCUAAUAGUGAUACACAAGAGCGAGAAGCUGUCAAAGCUGUUACAAAGUUUCAAGAGAAAACUGUUAACAAGGAACAAAACAAAACCAUUUUAGAAGAAUCAGUUGCAAUUGAAGAAUUAGAUUCCCAAGAAUUAUGUUCUCCGUUAAAACCAGAUUCUCAAGAAUUACAUGCUCAAAUAAAACCAAAUUCUCAAGAAUCUCAUUGUACUGGAGUGGAGCCUGACAAGGUUACUGAUCAAUUGGUUCAGAAAAGUAUUCCACCCCCAGAAGUGCCUACAGUAAUAGAUAUAGCCUCUCCUACAAAGGUAAUACAGGGCCGAUCAUGUUUUAUGAGACCUAUACCAAGGUUGGACAGUGGUGGUAGAAUAAGAAAGAACAGUAUACAGGGAAGUGGAGCAAGUGCAAGUGAAUCCGAGGAUGAGCACAGCAAGAGAGUUGCGUCUGUCGUGCUGAGUCGCGUACGAAACGACUCCAUCUGCUCUGUACAAAGCAACAAAGAGAGCACUACCAAUGACAAUCAAAACAAUCCUCCAAAAAUUAAACCGACUCAGAAAAGACGUAUGCUGGUCUCGGAGUCGGCGAGAAAGUUGGCUGAAGCCAGAAGAGAAUUUUUGAUAAAGCACGAAAAUAGAACGCCCGAUAGAAGUCAGUUGAAAAUGUAUGAUUUAAUUUACUAUAAUCCCAUGACAAAUCCUAUGAAAAAAUUGCCAAUUGAACGCAAGUCUGUGACUAUACCGCAACCAAUGGAAAUACCGGAAGAGGAAGACGAGGAUGAUCCAUCAGCAAUGCCUACGCCACAAGUGAAAGUGGGUCCCGAUGGUCAGUUGAUAAUAGAUGAACAAAGUCUCGUCAUAGAACAAACGGGUGCAAAAAGGAGUGAAGAAGUAUUGCCGAGCGAAACUAUUAUCGAAGACGAUAAUUCCCAUAGUGGUGGUUUCUAUAAAAGACAUAAGAGGAGCAAGGACUGGCCCAAAUGGGAAACAUUUAAAUUUUACAGAGUUUUAAAUGUAGUAGGUACGGAUUUUUUAUUGAUGCAGACUCUCUUCCCAAAUAGGAGUAGACAAGAAAUUAAGCAGAAAUACAAGAAGGAGGAGAGAGUUAAUCGACAUUUGGUUGAAAAAGCUCUGAAAUAUCAUCAAGAAUUUGAUACCGAUAUGCUACAAGAGCAACUAACCAUGUUACAAAAACUAGAAAAUGUUGAAGAUACAUGUAAGAGAGUACCAGAGAAAAGGAGUGGACAAUCCUUGAGUAAAUGUGAACGAAAACGCAAGAAUCGAUUGGUCGCGGAUAGUAUUGGGGAGUGUGAGGCAUUGUCUACACGCAAAGGACAAGAAGCUGAAAAUACUGUGAUAUCAUCGACAAAUAAUCAGGGUUUGUUAUUACCCAACUCUGCAAAUAAUGAAAUCGCUAUAGAAAUAAAUGGCGACACAAAUACCAUUCAGCAACAAACGGGGAAGAAGAAUAAAGCGCGAGGGUCGAAGAAGCGUGUAAACGAUAAAUUAGAAAUAUUCGAAAAUUAUAGCUCUUGUACGGAUGCUGAUUCAGACAGCUCUGAGGAGAUUUAUCAACUUAGACCGACUAGAUCUGGCAGACUAUCGAAGAAGAUAAGGAAGUUACAAACACUUGACCUUAGUACACUUAACAGUAAUAUCAAGAAUGAAUCGGUAGAUGACGAGACUGCAAUACCAUCACAUGUAGCUGUGGAAGUUACAGAGUAUGUAAAUGCACCAGUUAUGGAUAGUGAAAACGUGGAAACGUCUUGUUCCGACAAUAUUAUAUCAAUGAUACCGAAUGUUAAUCAAAUGGAGCCUGGAGCCUUAGUUAUCGUCUCGAAGGAAUCUUCAGAAAAUCCUGGAAAUACUAUUUUACAAGUUUAUAUGGUUACCUCAAAUAUCGACUCUAGCACAAUAGUUACAUCUAGCACGACGGUUAAAAAUCAAUCAUCGGAACCUUUAACCACUAAACCGGAAAAUGCCGAAUCGAUUAACAUUGUAGAGGAUACUGAAAAAUGAUUUUUCAUUUCAUACAAUGCAUUUUAUUAUAAUCUAAUUUUAUAAGAAACUAUAAAAAUAAACUAUGAAGACUUUAAAGAUAGACUAUUAAGAUAGAUCAUAUCCUAUAGAAUUAAAGUUUGUUGUAUAUUUAUGUAAACUAUGUAUAAAAUAAAUUUUCAUUUUUACAUUUUGCUUGUGUGUAUGUGUGUGUGAAAUGAAAAAUAAAAUUAUUAUAUAUGUUACGUGCAAUUCGAGUAAUUAGGAAUUAUACAUAAUGGAAUUAAUACAUAAUCAAUAUGAAUAUUUCCUAAUUUGUUCGGUCAAAAUGAUUAAUAGAAAAGAAUUAAAUUUUCCGGUUAUAUAUAUUUUCCAAUGUUAAAUGAUUAUUUUGAUAAAUCAUUUAAUUUUAUUUUCCUGAUAGUCUUGUGACAUUUUUCCACAACGAAACUUAGUCAAACACUGUGACACAGUGUUACACAAUGUCAACUUAUAACUGAAAUGCUGCUUAGCUUUUUUACUUCCCUUUUUAUUUCAACGUUACCUUUUAUUGUUACCAAAAUGUAAUGUGGAUACAUGCGCAUGCAAAAAGUAUACGAAUUUGAAACGUGUGUAAAUAAAUAUUCUGUAAUUACGCAAA